GAGGGCAUCUUAGUAACUUUAAAAACUUUAGGGUUUUAAGUACCAAGCUCGUUCCUUUUUUUUCCUUCUCUCACAAGCCCUAGUUGCGCCGAACCAGAGCAGGUCCAGGAACCUCACCUGCAACAAUGGGUAUUUCUCGUGAUUCGAUGCACAAGAGGCGUGCCACUGGCGGCAAGAAGAAGGCUUGGAGGAAGAAGCGAAAGUAUGAGCUUGGGAGGCAACCCGCAAACACAAAGCUAUCUAAUGACAAAACUGUGAGGAGGAUUAGGGUUAGAGGUGGUAAUGUGAAAUGGCGUGCGCUGAGGCUCGACACAGGGAACUACUCUUGGGGUAGUGAGGCUGUGACCAGGAAAACAAGAAUUCUGGAUGUGGUCUACAAUGCAUCUAACAAUGAGUUGGUUCGCACCCAGACUUUGGUGAAGAGUGCUAUUGUUCAGGUUGAUGCAGCCCCCUUCAAGCAGUGGUAUCUCCAGCACUAUGGUGUUGACAUUGGCCGCAAGAAGAAAGCCUCUGCAGUUGCUAAGAAAGAAGUAGAGGAAGGUGAUUCCACUGCUGCUGCUGGUGCUGAGGAGGCCAAGAAGAGUAACCAUGUUCAAAGAAAACUGGAGAAGCGUCAACAAGGUCGCAAGAUUGACCCACAUAUUGAGGAGCAAUUUGGCAGUGGCCGCUUAUUGGCUGCAAUUUCUUCACGGCCUGGUCAGUGUGGCCGUGCAGACGGAUAUAUUUUGGAGGGGAAAGAGUUGGAGUUCUACAUGAAGAAGAUCCAGAGGAAGAAGGGAAAGGGAGCAGGUGCUGCCUAAAGUUUUGUUGCCUAAAGAUCAUUUUCAUUUUUCUCAAUCUCAAUCUCAUUUUAGGCAUUGGACUUUCAAAAGAUUUCCAGAUGAAUUUGUUUGUUUAUCUGAACUUUGUUUUUUGUGUUACUGUUCAAUGCCUCAUUAGAAUAUAUCGGACAACAUUGUCUCGUAAGAUUGAUAAAUGUUUGCUCUUGCUUUUAUAAGGUAACCCCUUCAUUUUGCACUUA